CCCCUACUACUUGUCUCUUUGCUUUUGUGACAGUCUGGAACAUGGCAGCAUCAGCCUACAAAGACUUGUUCUUGACCAUUUGUUAACCGUAAGAAUAAGUUCUCCGAUCUGUUGCAGUGCGGGAAGGUUUUUGGUGGAGAGCAGGGUGAACAAGGAAGCAAAAUCUGGGGGUGAGCAACUGCUGCUUUGCUUGCCAGUUUCAGCUGUUUGAGUUGGCCUUGCUUUACUCGGAAUCGAGCAGAUUUGUUGUGGUCAGUGUGCUGGCUAUGAAUGAUUUGGCUCUGCUACAGUGCCUUCUCCAUCCAAUGCAACCGUGGUUCAUUUUUCAUAUGAGCUAGCGUCGAGAGGAGAACCACAACCUGGUGUCACUACAAUGAGGAACUCAUCCAGUGAUAUCCCUGCCAUUAGCAAGUCAGUUCUUGGGACUUCGUGGCUUGAUCCGUGCUGGAAUCCUUCGGGCACAUCAUCAUCCGGAGGAGGAAGUUUCCUGCAAACUGGCCCUGGAACUCUUCCCCCGAGUCUCUCUCAUUUCCCAGCUGAUUCGGCUUUCAUCGAGCGCGCUGCUGCGAGGUUUUCGUGCUUCGGUGCCACAAGCUCAGGCGGCAUGGCAGCAGAUCCUUUCGAUGCCUCGAUGACCGAACGGAAGAAAGGAAGAUGGCUUGAUGUCGAGCGUGGCCAAGCUGAGUUCAGUGGAGGUGGCCAUGAACAUGGAGCUAGUUCGACCAGUGGAGCAGAGAAUUCUUCUUCCAAGAAUCUUGGUGCUAAUAAAAGGAGAUCCAUUGAGGAUGCGUCAAUGGAUCAAACACAUGGAGUCCCACAAAUCUCUACUGAAACCAAGAACAGGCAGAAAAGCUCAACUGUUAAGCCUCAUGGGAAGCAAAGCAAAGAUUUCUCUGAAGAUUACAUUCAUUUGAGGGCACGGCAUGGCCAGGCUACAAAUAGCCACAGUCUUGCAGAACGAGUAAGAAGGGAGAAGAUUAGCCAGAGGAUGAAGCUUCUUCAAGAACUUGUUCCUGGUUGCAGCAAAGUAACAGGAAAAGCCCUCAUGCUCGAUGAGAUCAUUAACUAUGUUCAAUCACUACAGCAGCAGGUUGAGUUUCUCUCAAUGAAGCUUGCAACUGUCAAUCCAAGGCUAGACAUGAACAUAGAAGCACUUCUUUCUAAAGAUCUUCUUCGGUCCCAUGGUGGUUCUUCGUCUGCCGUUGGUUUCUCACCUCAUGUGGUCGAUCCUCAAUUACAUCUAUCACAACAAGGACUCAUGCAAACCGGGAUAUUUGGCGACUUAAACACUGCAAAUUCUUUCAGAAGAACGAUAGAUUCUCAACUGAGCUUAUACAAAGGGCGUACGACUCAGAUGCCUGUUUCAUGUGAUGAAGAGCUACAAAAUGUCAUGCAAAUGGCUACUUUGUGCAGCAAUCAUUUCAACAACCGAGAAUUUGGUGAUAAAUCUUGAUCUAGUUUCCACCUAUGAAACCAUCAAGCUAUCCUAGUUCAGGUUUGCAUUGAAAGUCCUCGCAUUGCUUCAGGGUGCCAAUGUCAUAUGCAGAUGAGCCUUUGAAGUUAUCCCGGAUCUCUCUGAGCUAGUUGGUGUUAACAGCUACAUAUUUACAAUGAUCAGACACUUUAGAGUAGAAAGUUGAUUCUUAGUAACCCAUAGCAUAUGUUUAUUGUUGCUUGUUGUACAGCAGUGUUUCAAGGCUCUGCUACAUUCUAAACUGAAUUAAUUCUUACAUCUGAAGCAGAGAAAGCAAGAGCAUGCUUAAUACAAAACAAAGUUUCCUCUCUCUACAUGUUUAAUUCUAUUAUUGGAGAUGGAAUGACAUCCACAU